AUGGGAUGUUAAGACAGGAUAAUAAAAAGCGAAAUUAGAUGGUCAUUCAGAAUUCAGUAAUUCCAGUCAAUUUCUUUCCUGAUGGUACUACAUUAGCAUCGGGUAGUAAAGAUAACUCUAUCCGUUUAUGGGAAGUUUAGAUAGGAUUAUAAAAAAGCCAAAUUAGAUGGUCAUUCAUCAUAUGCAAAAUCAGUCAAUUUCUCUCCUGAUGGUACUACAUUAGCCUCUGGUAGUUUGGAUAACUCUAUUCGUUUAUGGGAUGUUAAGACAGGAUAAUAAAAAGCCUAAUUAGAUGGUCAUACAUAAUAAGUUUAUUCAGUCACUUUCUCAUCUGAUGGUACUACAUUAGCAUCUGGUAGUAAUGAUAACUCUAUCCGUUUAUGGGAUGUUAAGACAGGAUAAUAAAAAGCCAAAUUAGAAGGUCAUACAUAAUAAGUUGAAUCAGUCAAUUUCUCUCCUGAUUGUACUACGUUAGCAUCUGGUAGUUAUGAUAACUCUAUCCGUUUAUGGGAUAUUACGACAGGAUAAUAAAAUGCCAAAGUAGAUUGUCAUUCGCAUUAUAUUUAUUCAGUCAAUUUCUCUCCUGAUGGCACUACAUUAGCAUCUGGUAGUUAUGAUAAGUCUAUCCGUUUAUGGGAUGUUAAGACAGGAUAAUAAAAAGCCAAAUUAGAUGGUCUUUCUGAGGCAGUUAGAUCAGUCAAUUUCUCUCCUGAUGGUACGAUAUUAGCAUCUGGUAGUAAUGAUAGGUUUAUCCGUUUAUGGGAUGUUAAGACAGGAUAAUUAAAAGCCUAAUUAGAUGGUCAUACAUAAUAAGUUUAUUCAGUCACUUUCUCUUCUGAUGGUACAACAUUAGCAUCAGGUAGUUAUGAUAAGUCUAUCCGUUUAUGGGAUGUUGAGACAGGAUAAUAAAAAGCCAAAUUAGAUGGUCAUUCAAGGGAAGUUUAUUCAGUCGCUUUCUCUUCUGAUGGUACUACAUUAGCAUCUGGUAGUUAUGAUAAAUCUAUCCGUUUAUGGGAUGUUAAGAUAGGAUAAGAAAAAGCCAAAUUAGAUGGUCAUUCAAGGGAAGUUUAUUCAGUCAAUUUCUCUCCUGAUGGCACUACAUUAGCAUCUGGUAGUUUGGAUAACUCUAUCCGUUUAUGGGAUGUUAAGACAGGAUAAUAAAAAGCCUAAUUAGAUGGUCAUUUAAGUUAUGUUUAUUCAGUCAAUUUCUCUCCUGAUGGCACUACAUUAGCAUCUGGUAGUGCAGAUAAAUCUAUCCGUUUAUGGGAUGUUGAGACAGGAUAAUAAAUAGCAAAAUUAGAUGGUCAUUCGCAUUAUGUUUAUUCAGUCAAUUUCUCUCCUGAUGGUACUAGAUUAGCAUCUGGUAGUUUGGAUAACUCUAUCCGUUUAUGGGAUGUUACGAUAGGAUAAUAAAAAGCCAAAUUAGAUGGUCAUUCAAGUUGUGCUUAUUCAGUCAAUUUCUCUCCUGAUGGUACUACAUUAGCAUCUGGUAGUUUGGAUAACUCUAUCCGUUUAUGGGAUGUAAAAACAUCAAAGGAAAUACUCCAAUCAGAUAGUAGCUACAAAAAUCUGCUCGCACAGUUUAAAAUACCACUUCAGAAUAGCUCCUUAUUGCCAAAUGUUCAUCCUGAUCGUACAAUACUUAGAAUUUGUUAGAAUUCUUAGUUAGAAGCAUCAGGAACACUUAUCUUUUAAGGAUAAUUCAUAAAUCAUUAAGGCAUUGAUUUAAAACCUUUAUUAAAAUCUAAAGGAAGUUGCUUUUUACAAGAGUUAAAGCAAUAGUGACAUUGAAAUAUUCAUUAAGAACAUUACAAUUA